AUGCUUUCCAGAAACGUCGCUUUUGCUUCCAGAACCAACAGAUUGGCUUUUGCCAGACUCUACUCGGAGGGUUCCACAGGCUCUACCCGCAGUGAUGGUUCCUCUGAUGCUUUCACCAAACGUGAAAAGGCCCAAGAGGAUUACUACAUUAAAAAGCACCAGGCUGAGCAAAUUGCUAAGCUCAGAGAGCAAUUGGCCAAGCAGAAGGAGCAACUCGACCACCUCGAGUCGUCUAUCAAGAAAGACUAA